CCUGACGUUUUCGUCUUCUCUCUGAGUCCUCUCUCUCUUUAAAGUUAUGGAAGGAGACCUUUAUGAUGAGUUUGGUAAUUAUAUAGGCCCAGAGCUGGAGAGUGAUGAGAGCGAAGAGGAGGAGGACAGAGAAGAAGAGGACGAGGAACAAACAAAUGAAGACAUGACACUACCAGAAGACGAUGAAGGUGAGGAUGACAUGGAGACUGGUACAGUGGCGCUGGUCGCUCCAGAGACACAGGCCGUGGUGUUGCAUGAAGACAAGAAAUACUAUCCAACGGCAGAAGAAGUUUAUGGACCUGAAGUAGAGACUAUCAUACAAGAAGAGGAUACUCAACCAUUGACAGAACCAAUUAUUGCACCUGUGAAAAAGAAGAAAUUUACGAUACAAGAAAAGGGACUGCCCCGCACUAACUAUAAGAUUGAGUUUUUAGCCGACCUCAUGGAUAGUCCUCAACUGAUUCGUAAUGUGGCUAUAGUCGGGCACCUCCACCAUGGAAAAACGUCAUUUGUUGACAAUUUAGUCGAGCAGACUCAUCCUGAUAUCUAUGUUGGAGAAACUAAAAAUUUAAGGUAUACUGAUACUUUAUUUACUGAACAAGAGCGUGGUGUUAGUAUCAAGAGCACUCCAUUGACACUAGUACUACCUGACACAAAGGAUAAAUCAUUUUUAAUGAAUCUCUAUGAUACACCAGGUCAUGUUAAUUUUUCUGACGAGGUGACAGCUGCUUUUCGUUUGUGUGAUGGAGUAAUGAUUGUAGUGGAUGUAUCAGAAGGAGUUAUGAUGAAUACUGAACGACUCAUUAAACACGCUUUACAAGAAAAACUCGCCAUCACAAUUUGCAUGAACAAGAUUGAUAGGUUGAUAUUAGAACUAAAGCUACCGCCACAAGACGCUUAUUAUAAACUGAAACACACUUUGGAUGAGAUUAAUAGUUUAUUGAGUUUAUAUUCUGAGUCGACGGAGGGUGUGGUCGUCUCUCCGUUGCUAGGCAACGUCUGUUUCAGCUCCAGUCAAUAUGGCUUCUCCUUCACUCUAGAGUCUUUCGCUCAAUUGUACAGUGACCUUUAUGGUGGAGGGUUUUCUCCUAAAGAAUUUGCUAAAAGACUUUGGGGAGACAUUUACUUUAACAAGACAAAGAGGACAUUCACUAAAAAGAUUCCAUCAACCGACAGUCAAAGAACUUUCAUCGAAUUCAUUUUAGAGCCACUGUACAAGAUAUUUGCACAGACAGUAGGCGACGUUGAUACAACCCUACCAUCAGUUCUUAAAGAAUUAGGCGUGUUUUUGAGUAAAAGUGAACUAAAGUUAAACAUCAGACCUUUACUGAGGCUGGUCUGUCAGCGGUUCUUUGGAGAGGCGAGAGGGUUUGUUGAUAUGUGUGUGAAGCAUAUACCAUCUCCUGUGGAGGCUGCUCGAACUAAAAUAGAACACACGUACACUGGUAUACUGGACGAUGACGAAUGGACGCAGAGCCUAAUGACGUGUGACUCGGACGGGCCACUAAUGGUUCACGUUACUAAACUGUAUCCAACUCAAGAUGCCACACAAUUCCAUGCAUUUGGACGAGUGAUCAGUGGAACAUUAUACAGUGGGGAGCAGGUGAGGGUUCUUGGUGAGAGUUUUACGCUAGAGGAUGAGGAAGAUUCUAAAGUUUGUCAAGUUGGUAGACUAUGGGUGGCAGAGGCAAGAUACACUAUUGAAAUAAACAGAAGUCCAGCUGGUACCUUUGUACUCAUUGAAGGAAUUGAUUCCACAAUAACCAAGACAGCAACUGUCACUCAAUUGAGCGGAAGUGAAGACGCUCAGAUAUUUCGUCCAUUAAAGUUCAACACUCAGUCUGUGAUAAAGAUUGCAGUUGAGCCUGUCAAUCCUUCAGAGCUGCCAAAGAUGUUGGACGGACUACGGAAAGUUAACAUGAGCUAUCCUCUUCUUGUCACUAAAGUGGAGGAGAGUGGGGAGCACGUGGUGUUGGGCACUGGCGAGUUGUACCUGGACUGUGUCAUGCAUGAUCUCAGGAAGAUGUACUCUGAAAUUGAUAUCAAGGUAGCUGAUCCAGUGGUUGCUUUCUGUGAGACAGUAGUUGAAACCUCAUCAUUAAAGUGUUUUGCAAUGACUCCUAACAAAAGGAACAAGUUGACAAUGAUAGCUGAGCCUCUUGAGAAAGGAUUAGCCGAAGACAUUGAAAAUGAAGUGGUACAGAUGACCUGGCCAAAGAAGAAACUCGCUGAGUUUUUUCAGACCAAGUACGAGUGGGACUUACUGGCUGCUCGUUCCAUAUGGUCGUUUGGCCCUGAAAUGACUGGACCCAAUAUACUGGUGGAUGACACACUGCCUACUGAAGUUGAUAAGACCCUCCUCCACUCUGUGAGGGACAGUAUUGUACGUGGGUUCCAAUGGGGAGCCAGAGAAGGACCUCUUUGUGAAGAACCGAUUAGAAAUGUUAAGUUCAAGGUACUUGAUGCAAAGAUAUCGGAAGACCCUUUACAAAGAGGAGGUGGUCAGUUCAUCCCUACUGCCCGUCGUGUGGCCUUCUCUGCCUUUGUAAUGGCCACGCCCCGUUUAAUGGAACCCUACUAUCUAGUGGAGGUACAAGCACCUGCUGAUUGUGUAUCGGCUGUGUAUUCAGUCCUUGGGAAGAGACGUGGUCAUGUGACUCAAGAUGCUCCUGAGCCUGGGUCUCCUCUUUAUAUCAUAAAAGCUUUCAUUCCCGCCAUCGACUCCUUUGGUUUUGAGUCAGACCUUCGUACCCACACUCAGGGACAAGCCUUCUGUCUAUCAGUGUUCCACCACUGGCAGAUAGUUCCGGGAGAUCCUUUGGAUAAGACUAUCCCGAUAAGACCAUUGGAGCCACAACCUGCUCCUCAUUUAGCCAGGGAGUUUAUGGUGAAGACUAGAAGGAGAAAGGGUUUACCUGAAGAUGCUUCCAUAAAUAAGUUUUUCGAUGAGCCGAUGUUACUGGAACUGGCUAGGCAGGACAUUAUGCUCAGCUAUCAGAUGUGAAGAGAGGAAGGAGGAGACAUCAUGUGUCAUGAUUAUUUUAAUUUUAAUUUCUUAUUUUGAAAUUGAAAAGGAACUUUAACGUUA